AUGGAGAAAUACUCUUCUUCCUUGCAACGAUCACUCUCUUUUACAAAAGAUGUUGUCUCUAUCUUUACGUGCUGCAAGUCGCACAUCAAUCGUACAAAACGGAAGACGAUCAAUCCAUACUACCGCUCUUCGUUCAUCUUCGCUCGGUCAAACGGCAAGUGCGAGAGCAAAAGAUGUGGAAAGUAAAUGGCGUGGAACGAAAACCCUAGGUGGAAAGACUAGCAAUUACGUUGACGGUCAAUUUGUUGAAUCAAAGACGAACAAAUGGAUCGAUUUACCUGAUCCUGCCACCCAAACAGUACUAACACAAGUACCUCAAUCAACUUCGGCUGAAUUUGAAGAGGCAGUCUCUUCUUCUGAAAAAGCAUUCCCUGCUUGGCGUGAAACGAGUCUGCUAGGACGUCAAGCUGUCAUGUUAAAGCUACAAGCAUUAAUUCGUCAUCAUAUGGACGAUAUUGCAAACAGUAUCACUUUGGAACAAGGCAAAACAUUCCCAGAUGCAAAAGGUGACGUUUUACGUGGUUUGCAAGUUGUUGAAACCGCAUGCGGAAUCACUUCAACAAUGAUGGAAGAACGUAUGGAAGUAUCAAAAGAGAUGGACACUUAUGUACGCAAAGAACCUCUUGGUGUGACGGCAAGUAUUGCACCUUUCAAUUUUCCUGCAAUGAUUCCACUUUGGACAAUUCCAAUGGCUACCGUUACCGGUAACACUUUGAUCCUCAAACCUUCAGAACGUGAUCCAGGAGCAUCCAUGAUUAUUGCUGAGCUAUGUGAACGUGCCGGAAUGCCAAAAGGUGUGGUGAAUGUCGUGAAUGGUGCAGUGGACACAGUGAAUGCAAUUUGUGAUGAUCCAAGAAUCAAAGCGAUCACUUUUGUCGGUUCGGAUAAAGCCGGUUCACAUAUUUAUCACAGAGGUACGGCAAAUGGUAAACGUGUGAUCGCAAACCUUGGUGCAAAGAAUCAUGCAAUUUUGAUGCCUGAUGCAAAUCGUGAAAAUGCUUUGAAUAGCAUCGCUGGUGCCGCUUUUGGUGCGGCAGGUCAACGUUGUAUGGCUUUGAGCGUGGUUGUAGCCGUUGGUGAAACUGAUAAAUGGAUCGAUGAUCUCGUUCAACGUGCAAAAGGUCUUAAGGUUUCCAGUGGAUUUGAAGAGGGAGCUGAUUUGGGACCUCUGAUCUCGCCUGCAGCCCGUGAACGUGUGAUCGCAUUGACCGGAAGUGUGGAACAAGAAGGCGGAAAGAUUCUACUUGAUGGACGUGAAUUCAAGAGUGCCGAUUUCCCAAAUGGUAACUUUGUUGGACCUUCAAUCGUUGAAGCCGGUCCGGGAAUGCAAGCUUACGAACAAGAAAUCUUUGGUCCAACACUCGUUGUGGUGAAAGUAAAGACUUUGGAAGAUGCAAUCGAAUUGAUCAAUGCAAACAAAUACGGUAAUGGAUCUGCAAUCUUUACCACAAACGGAGCAACAGCACGUAAAUUCGAAAAGGAUAUCAAUGUCGGUCAAAUUGGUGUAAAUGUACCCGUUCCUGUCCCAUUGCCAAUGUUCUCUUGGUCAGGUAACAAAGGAAGUGUUUUGGGAGAACACGGUUUCUACGGUCGUCAUGCAUUGAGCUUCUACACACAAAACAAAACCAUUACCAGUCUAUGGAAGAGUGAAGAUGCAACGAAUUCCAGAGCAUCGGUUAAUAUGCCUACGAUGAGCUAAAUCUAGCAAGCGGAAAUGCAAUCAAUGGAAAUGAAAUCAUGUAUAUAGUAUCAAAUGCUGUGUGAAUAAGGAUACAAAAAUUUUAUGCUUUUCUUGACUUU